UUGCAGAAGUCAAAAAACAAGGUCGCCGACCUGCCCGAGGGUCUGCAAGAGCACGGCAAGGGCAUCCCCGGCAUGAACGCCAGCGGAGGACAGAGCCAGGGCAUCAAGCAGGGUCCCGACGUCGGCCAGGGCGGUCGCUCAACCAAGAACUAA